AUGAGAGGGCUCCGUGGCCGCUACCAGCUCCUGCCCGGCCAGGACGAGGAGCUGCCCGCGGGAAGUGGAGCGUUGGAUGGAGAGCAGCAGCCGGGCUGGGAGGGAGCCCCAGCAGAGACCCCGGCCCCGGAGGAACCGGGCAGGCUGGUGCUGAGCACGGCAAGCAGCAUCCUGCGAGACAGGGAGAUCCAGGAGCUGAGCCCCCACCUGCCCCCCCGGCUGACGAAGCAGCCCUGGCAGCUGCUGUACUGCCGCGGGCGGGACGCCUGCAGCCUGCGGACCCUGUACCAGAGAGGGGGGCGCCCGGGGUCCCCUGCCCUGCUGCUCGUCAGGGACACCGAGUUGCAGGCCUUUGGUGCCUUCUCCACCAGCAGCAUUCGAUACAGCGAAGGCUUCUACGGCACGGGGGAGACUUUCCUCUUCUCCUUCUCCCCACAGUUGAAGGUGUUCAAGUGGACUGGCAGAAACAACUUCUUCCUGAAAGGGGACAGGGACCUGCUGAUGAUUGGGGCAGGCAGUGGCAGGUUUGGGCUGUGGCUGGACGGAGCCCUGCACCGUGGGGGCAGCCUCCCCUGCGAGACCUUUGACAACGAGACCCUCUCCGCCCGGGAUCUGUUCCACAUCCACAGCCUGGAAGUGUGGGGCCUGGAUGACCCCAUUCCACACACCUAG